AUGGACUCUGUCGCGUGGGGCCCGUACGUCGAAGCGCUGCGCUCGGGCGCGCAGAGCGUGGAGCAGGUGGCGCAGCAGCUCUGUCAAGACAACAACCUGGCCGCGGACGCCGCCGCCUCGCCGCAACAAGUCGCCGCACUCGUGCUGCAGGCGCUGGCCAAGCAGGCGGCCGCUGCGGACCACUACGUGGCGCCUCUGCUGGAGCAGCAGCAGAAGGAGAGCGCCGAGGUCGCGCACUUGCACCACCAGCAGCGCAGCGCCGCCGUCACGCGCGUGGUGGAGGCCGCGGUCGCCCAGAAGCUGCUGCGCGACGACAGCCCGCUCACCAACCUCUUCAACUGGGACGCGUUCCAGAGGCGCCUCGCCAACCUGCGCGCCGCCUUCCCCGAGCCCGAGUUCAACCACGCGCUGGCGGUCAAGACCAACCCCACGCGCGGGCUGCUGCGUGGCGCGCGCGCCGAGGGCUUCGGCGCCGAGUGCGCGUCCAUCGCCGAGGCCAAGCACGCGCUGUCGCUCGGCUUCGAGCCGCGCAAGGUCGUCUACGACUCGCCCUGCAAGACACUGGGCGAGCUGCGGGAGAUGCUGUUGGCUGGCGUAUACAUCAACUUGGACAAUGAGGAGGAGAUCCGCAAGGUGAACGAGAUCUUCGCGGAGCUGGGCGACUCGGAGGAGGCCAAGAAGCAGCACGCGGCGCAGAUCGGACUGCGGAUCAACCCCGUGGUGGGCGGAGGAACGAUCGAUGCUACGAGCACGGCGACUGUGACCAGCAAGUUUGGUCUGCCUCUCACUGCGGAGACCAAGCCCCGACUACUCGCGAUCUUCAAGCAGAACCCGUGGCUGCAGGGUGUGCAUGUGCACGUCGGCUCGCAGGGCUGCCCUCUUGACCUGUUGGCGGCAGGAGCCAAGAGAGCAGUCGCUUUUGCACUCGAGGUUAAUGCCCACGUCGAACACCCGCAAGUUCGCGUUCUUGACAUUGGUGGCGGAAUGCCUACCGUGUACGACGGCGGCGAGCGUGAGGCGUACGACUUCCAGGAGUACGCGGACGCGGUGCGCAAGCAGGUGCCCGAGUUGUUCACGAGUGGCUUCUCGUCCAUCAUCACCGAGUUUGGACGCAGUAUCUUCGUCAAGCCUGGUGUGACGGUGUCCAAGGUGGAGGCCGUGAAGGACUGGGCCGGCCAGCACAUCGCGGUGGUGCAUGUUGGUGCCGACCAGUUCCCGCGCACGGCCUACUUGCCAGAGCUGUGGUCGCACUGCAUUUCUGUGCUGGACAGCCACGGCCGCCCAAAAACGGACCCCAGCAGUGCCUACGUGCGUCAAGACAUCGCGGGCCCGCUCUGCUUCUCGGGUGACUUCCUUGCCAAGCAGUUGCUGCUGCCGCCCAUUCAAGUGGGCGAUUUUGUGGUGAUCCACGACACCGGAGGCUACACCAUGUCGAUGCAUUCAAAGUACAACAGCCGUCAGGUUUCCUCGAACUUUGCCUACUCGGCCACCCCCAGCGAGGUCAAGUUUUCGUUGCUUAAGGAGCGCGAGACGGCGGAAGAGACAUUGGCCUGCUGGGGCCUUGACCGCGACGUGGACCUUUAG